AUGAUGGAAGAACCGGCUGACAUUCCCAAGAGGGUCGAUCCCAAUCCCAUUCCCAUUUCGGACACUGCAGCAGCCAUCGACGGCUCCAGUACGGUGAGAGAAGAGAGGGGCGCUGAGACAGGGAGAGGGGAUAGAAGAUACACCAUGGACCUUGCUCAGAGUCCCCAACGGGGCGAUCCCACUCCAAGCAUGGCAUGUGUGGACGCCAAGAAGCGGCCGUGUUCUGUGACGCCGGCCAACCUCAUAUCCAAGGACGACGACAAUACUAGUUCUUCGCUAGCACCCCUCGACGACGAGGAUCUCCUCCAAGAGAUCCUUCUCCGCCUUCCUCCAAGGCCAUCUGCACUCCCCCGCGCCUCCCUUGUCUGCAAGCGUUGGCGCAGCAUCCUCUCCAACACUCAGUUCCUCAGCCGCUACCGCAAACACCACAGGAAACCUCCUUUGUUGGGCUUCUUUGAAGGAGCUACUAGUACACACCAUGACUUUGUUCCUGUUCUGGAUAUGAAGCCUGACUGCAUCCCAACCGCGCGCUUCUCCGUGCCCAAGAGCAGCAAAUCAUAUCACCACUGGGACUUCCUCGGCUGCCGCCACGGGCUCGCUAUCCUACUCAUCAAUUGGCGACGGGAGGUCGUUGUGUGGGAUCCCCUCACCGGACAGCAGCACCGCAUGUCUUUUCCUCCAGGACUUCAUGAAACCGAAGGGGAGAAAUUCUGGGUUUGGCACGCCGCCGUGCUGUGUGCUGAUGCGGAGGAUGGACAUGUGCAUGGUGAUUGCUUCUCUAGCCCGUUUAAAUUGGUUUUGGUGUGCAGCGGACGCACGCAGGCUUCCGCUUGCCUCUAUGAAUCGUUGUCUGGUGUAUGGGGAAAUAUUGUCUUGACGAUGACCACAGAAGCGAUUCUUCAAUUCAGGCCAAGCAUCCUCAUCGGAAAUGCACUUUUCUGGUUGUUAAGUGGAGGUGGGGUCCUUGCAUUUGAUAUUAACAGGGAGAGCCUUGGUGAGAUUGAGAAACCGGUGGACGCUCAUCAUACCGACUGUUUUUCCAUUCAGCUCUUACGGACAGAUGAUAGUGGCCUUGGCUUUGCAGUUCUUUCAAAACUGAGUAUCCAUAUAUGGGAGAAGAAAUUGAACUCUGAUGCUAUCCAAUGGGUGCCGCUGCAGAAAAUCAUUCACCUGGAGGGGCUCUUUCCACGGGGAAUGCGUAGCGAUCUCAAAGAGGUGGAGAUGGUGGGUUAUGAAGAGGACUCAAAUAUGAUUGUUCUGUCUACAUAUAUUGGCGAUUUCAUGCUCCAACUUGAGUCGAUGCGAUUCGAAAGAUUUUCUAAAAGAAAUUGCACGUGGAACAGGAUACAUCAUCCCUACAGAAAUUUCUAUACUGCAGGCAAGGGAGUUGGGUGGAAAUGGGUGGAUCAGAAACUUUGA